GACGCCGUUCGGCUUUCCUCGACGAUUGUGCUCUCGUUUCCACUUUGCCCGAUCGUAGCUUCGUUUCUCCCUCGACUACCCUUACUCCUUUCCCAACCGAGCCGCCGUCUCGCCCUCGCCUUCUCUUUCCCAUUCUCUCCACCUCUUUUCCCUCUCGCCCCCACCACCCGCACCCGUCAUCUCCCUCCUCCUCCUCCCUCCGUCCCCCGCGCACGCUCGGCCGUAUCGCCCGUCUCGUUUUUACUUCAACCCCCUGAACUCUGUCGUUCUUUCUCCACCACCCCCUGCCGCCCCUCCUUCCCGUCGCUUCGGGGAACUGCCGACUCCCCUCCCUCCUCCUCCUGCCCUUUCCCUUCCCUUCCUCCACCGAUACACCCCAUCCCUUCCGUGGUUGGAUACCCUCCCCUCGGUCCCUCCCCUCGACCGGUUCGUGGUCCGGUCUCCUGCGAGCGAGCGCCCCCCUCGCGCAUAACCCCUCGGCCAAGAGAGCGAUCCGUAACAACUAAAGUUCUCGUGAAAAGUUGAGCUGGGCUCUCCUACGCCCUCCUGCUAUAAUAGCCGCGCUCACAGCUCUCUCUACCUACUACCACCGUCUAUCCCUGUCCAUCUGUCCCGGGUUUGUCCCACAUCCCGCACACGGAACGCGCCGCCGAACGAGAGAGAGUGUGGGAGAGAGAGUGAGAGGGACAGUGCGACGAACCUGAACGUGCUGCUACACCAGGAGGAGGAGGAACAGAGAUCGAACGUGGAACGUGGAACGAAGAGUAGUAGGAAAAGGGAGAAAAAGAACAAGGGGACGCGGCCGGAUUAGGGAAUAGAAUAGUCAUUAUCGGUCUACAUAUUCGGUGUGAUAUACUCGCUAGUGCAAAACUCGUCGCGGCAGUAGCGGCGAGUGUAGCGGUGUGGUGCCGUGUGCCGAGCCGACCGACCGACCGACCGACCGACCCGAACCGAGCCGACCGAUCGACCGACUCCUACCGAACCGGCCGAGGUUAGGGAUUUCCUAACCUUUGUUUUCGACAGUGUCGUCGACAACCUCGCAACAGCCACGCACGCCGCCCGUUGUUCGUCCAGCUCCGCCGACUCGAAGGAUUUACCGCUUCCCGCUCAGGAAAAACAUCCCCAUCGCUGCCCGUCUCGACGCCGUUCCCAGUGCCACGGAAGCAGCGGAUAAUUGCUAGAGGCGGAGGCGGUUUACGUGGAAUCGGCCGCGAGGCGGGGGGGCGGUCGAGGUGGUGGGGGCAGAGGGAGUACUGAUGUGGCCGAACAGCCUCGGCGGUACUUCCGGCUGCAGCGGGGGCGCCGGCGCCACCGAUCUCGGGGGCCUCGCCGCCUCCACCACCUCGGCCUCUGAUCUCUUCGGGCCCGCCGCUUUCGGGGCGUCCGCGGCCGGGCCCUACGGCGCCCUCAAGACCAACCCCUACGUCAGCGCCCUCGGCAUGCCGCCCAUCGAGGCCCUCCACUCGACCAUCGGAUAUCCAGGGUGUACUCCCGCCGGUAAUCCAAGGAAGCAGCGAAGAGAACGGACGACUUUCACCCGGGCGCAAUUGGACGUUCUCGAGGGUUUGUUCUCGAAGACCAAAUACCCGGAUAUAUUUAUGCGGGAGGAAGUGGCGAUGAAGAUCAAUUUACCGGAGUCGAGAGUGCAGGUGUGGUUCAAAAAUCGCAGAGCCAAAUGCAGACAACAGCAAAAGCAACAACAGCAACAACAGGACAAAGCUCCAAGAUCCAAGAAGCCUUCGGGAAAUCCUAGCAAUAAUCCGCCUUCUGGAAAAAGUCCUUCGAUAGCUACCACACCCACGCCUGCAGCGGCUGUACCAGCCACGACACCUUUAAGCGGAGGUACAGGUGGUUCUGCUGCUAGUUCUCCGGCUCUUCUGAGGGAUUCUCCGCAAUACAAACCAGCAGGAAGUGCAACCAGUUUGCUCUUGGCUGCCAGUACAACCCCACCAAGUUUAGGGGGAACGGUGUACAGUAGUGGUGGCAGUAGCAGUAGUAUUUGGAGCCCGGCUGUCACGGAGAGCGGCGGUGGAUUUCCUAGUGACCAUCAGAGGUUAGCAUGGACAACAACCACCUCCCAACAGCAAUGCUACCAAAAUUAUUCUUCUUAUUACACCAACAUGGACUAUCUCUCCCCUGCCACGCAUCAAUUAAACGUGGUGGAUGGAGGAGGCAGUAGUUUAGAUAAUACAUGGAGUAAAACGAGGGACGAGAGCGCUUCGUCCUGGUUUUAUAACAGCGCCGGAUGGGGCGAUCGCAAGUGAAUAUCAAAGUCGCCAAUUGGUGGAGAUAUGAAGGCUACAUAUCAUCGACAAUAGUUAAGCGGACUUUGAAAAGUCGAUGGCAGAUUGUUACAAUGCGAAAUAUGGCCAAAGACAGUCCUCUUAAUUUUAGACAUAUCGUUGAAUCGCUGGGUCUCGAUAUUUUAUCGUAUGACCCUAUGAAACGAGAGUGCCAUACCCAUUCUCUUCUUAAAAGGAUUCGCGUAGUUGAAAUUUAAAUCAAGAGUAAUGCGAUUGAAACGGAUGGAACGAAGGAGCGAGAAACGAGUUAUUCGUUUAAAAUUCGUUUAAAAUUAACUGUUUCGACUUAAUAAUUUUCCUUUUUAAUCAGGUUCAUUUUUUAAUUUCUACGUGUCUCAUUUAUCGUCUCCUUAUGUUGAAAUGUGCAAUUUCAUAAUAAUUUUAAACCCAAAUACAAGAUAUUCUUUUCCUUUGAAUAUAUGUUCAUUUGUUAUUAUAGGAUCCCUAGUCAUCUCGUAAAGUAAUAAAUAUCCAUAAUAAUAUUUUAAAUGGAAGAUUAAAAUCGUAUAUUAAAAAGAGGGAAUGGAGCGUUUAUUUCAUCUUUUUUUCUCGCUUACGGUUAGCGUUAUAUACAUGUGAUACCGUUUAUACAUAUACCAGAAUGCAUAUGGUGAAUCUUACUGUACGAGUCACGAAUUUUCUAAUUCUGCACUGUGCCAAAGGUAAUCGUUUCGCGAAAGGACCGAAUCAUUCGAUGUCGAUCAAGGCCUCUGAUGUAUAUAAUAUAAAUAGUCUUGUAUCCUUCAGAGGAAUUAACGUAGUUAGAUAGAAUUUUGCAGGAAAUAACGAUAAAAUAAGGUAGAUCCUUCGUUAAAAGAUUUCUCAGCAGAGGUUAUGUAUGUAUAUGUUCGUGUACGAAUACUACGUCAUAUACUAUGUACAUAAGUUAUAUAUAAAUAUAUACAUACAUAUAUAUAUAUAUAUAUAGAAAGACACGCUGAUCUGUCUGUGUACAUAUGUACCAUUUUUCUGAAAUAUAAUUGUAUGAACUGAUAGAGAGAUGGAAGAUUAUCCGAAAAUUACUAUUAUUUUCAUUCUAACAUCCGUAAUCUAAAUCACGAGAUUUUAAUUCAUUUCAUCUUGGAUAUUAUACUGUGUAAAUAAAAUAUUCGCGAACAUGCUCAUGAUAGAGUGCCGCUAGAAUUGAAAUUUAUAUUUUCGAUUUUACGAUCUUUUUGAUCAAAGAUAUAAGAAACGAAACUUUUCUUCGAGAAUCCCCACAAAUGCGAAAGUUGAUGUAUGGACUAAAAAAAAAAAAAAAAAACAAUAUGUAAAGUGAUAAAAAAAAAAGUAUAUAGUGAAUGUAGGGAUGUAAGUAAAUAUGAUCGUUUAGAUUGUUAUUAUAAAUAAUAUUGACGAUAACAUUAUGAUUAAUGAUGAGGGAGACAACGACGUACGUGUAAUAAAAUGUAUGAGAUAAUAUAUCGAAUUUGAAUUGUAA